AUAUGUAAGCUAAUUAUCAAUCUACUUAACCUUUCAUCAUUAUUAGGUUUCCUCUCCCUCUCUCUAAAGUAGUGAAUUUUGGUGGUGUUUUUUUCUUAUAUUUAAGACCCAUCUUCCCCCACCAUUCCAUUCUUCCCCUCGCCCACCCAUACCAUAUAUGUAUGUAUAUAAUUGGGCUUUUUCAUUUUCUUUUCUAUUUUCGAUUACCAAACGAAACCCUAUUUUUAUGUUCACAUAAUAUCGGGCCGGGCCAACAACUAGAAGACACUGCGUGAACGCUUAGGGUUUCAAGUCCCGAGAACAACUUUUAUUCUCUUUUUUUUUUUUCUGUGUUUGUCCUUUUCUUGUCCCCUACUUUUGUUUUCUUACUUAUUAUCUUGGGUUUCGGGCCAUAUACUUCUUCACAAAGUGCAAGAUCGAAUUGCUGAAUCUCAGAUCACUGGGAUUUUUCACAAAAAUCUCAAGGUGUGAGGUUAAAUACUAAGUAUGAAUACAUUGACACACGUUCCUCCUGGCUUCCGAUUCCAUCCCACAGAUGAAGAACUGGUCGAUUAUUAUCUUCGGAGAAAGGUUACAUCGAGGAAUAUUGAUUUAGACGUGAUCAAAGAUGUCGAUCUGUACAAAAUCGAGCCAUGGGAUCUUCAAGAGCUAUGCAGAUUAGGAAGAGAAGAGCAAAGCGAUUGGUACUUUUUUAGCCACAAAGACAAGAAAUACCCGACUGGUACUCGCACGAAUAGAGCCACAAGUGCUGGAUUUUGGAAAGCAACGGGUCGUGAUAAGGCGAUUUAUUCGAAGCAUGAUUUGAUUGGGAUGAGGAAAACUUUGGUUUUCUACAAAGGAAGAGCCCCUAAUGGUCAGAAAUCAGAUUGGAUAAUGCACGAAUAUCGACUGGAGAGUGAUGAAAAUGGAAAUAGCGGUCAAGAAGAAGGAUGGGUGGUGUGCAGGGUUUUCAAGAAAAGGAUAGCGUUGACCCAAAAGCUAAACGAGCACGAGUGGUAUGACUCUUUGAUGCCAGAUCAGAUGGAAUCCCCCAAACAACCCUACAACAAAGAUGAGAUGCAAAUGCAAAUGCAGAUGCAGAUGCACUACCCGGGAAACCCUCAUCAUUUUCUUCAUCAUCAACUUCCAGUUUUACAAAACCCUAAUAAGAUGCUCCAACCACAUGCUUCUGGGCCCGCUUUCGAAUCCUUGAUCAACAUCAAUAUCAAUAAUAAUAAUACUAAUAAUAAUAAUAGUUUGCAAACCCUAGACAACCCCAAUUUCCAAGCGGAUUACAACAACAACAGCCAAGGGUCGGAGGAUCAAGUGACGGAUUGGAGGUUGCUAGACAAGUUUGUGGCAUCUCAAUUGAGCCAUGACAAAGACAACCAUCAUGCAUUCACACCAACUCAGGAUUCGAACUUAGUCUCGAGAGAUUUGAACAAGCAACAAGAUAUGACACAACAAAAUAAUGCUUCAACUUCCUCCUCAACCGACCAAAUCCAUCUUUGGAACUCACACUAGCUACUGCCUGCCUGUUAUUCUAUGUUGAUUAUCAUCAAACAAGCCUGUCAUAUUAAUUAUACACUUAAUUUCUUGUAAAUAAUAAAACUCAUUGAUAAUGUAACAUGUGUAUUCAUCUUAAGUAUGUCCCUUUCAGUGUAAUUAAAUUAAUGCUACGCUCAUCAAAGGACAUACUAGUGUUUGAAACAUAAUUGAGCGUGAUUUAAGUCAAACUGUAUUUGUAACAGACGACAAUUAAAUGAUGAUGUUAUUAAUUAUAAUUAUAUAUGUAUGGAGUUGUUU